GACGAAUUCCCGUUUUUCUGUGCCUGUUUUUUCUUCGGCAGAGAUGCUUUCCGGAAUUGUUUUGUUACAGAGUGCCACUUCAGGAACAAGGAGGACGAAUUGCCGUCCGCCGUGCCUGACAUCUGGUCAACGAGCUUCGAAGCUCGACCUCGAUCGGGACGCGUAGCCGCGUCGAGCGCUGCGUCGAUUCUCGCGCUUUGCCCCGAGCAACGGGCAAGCACGUUCACCGUCCUGUCACAUUUUCUCCAUGGCAGAGAUGCCUUUCCUGGCAAGGCUUCUGAGUUGUUUCUCUUCGCUACCGUGUGGCCAUGUCGCUAGGCGGACCUCUCCUGAGUUUUGCGAAAGUUUUCUACUGUUUCCUCUACCUGACAGCAUAUCUCGCUGCGCUAGAAAAAGUCGCAAUCGCAUGCACAGCUUUUUCCCUUCUUUGCUCGAUCGGAAAUACCGUCUUUCUCUUCAUAUCCUUUCCUUGCAGGAAACGCCUCAGUCCCGCAGCUCCCUGCGCGUCGACCGUUUGUUGCACCGCCUUGAUUUUGUGCUGUGCGUACACCACAAGCCGCUGUUGCCGCGUCCGUUCUGCACAGCAUCUCUCCAGUUUCGAAAAUUCUCGUGAGCGGGAAUCUUGUGCAGAACAAUCCGCUGUCUAGGCCGUCGACAAGAAAGGAUUUGCACUCGGAUCAUCGUCGGCAGUCAGCACAGCCGUUCCUGCCGUCGAUACUUCCUCAGACAGACGUCAUCACGUGUUCAACCGCAGAGGCAUCUUGUAUUCGUACGCUGUUUGGUGGUCCAGGGACGACCGUUGAUCGCAUUUUCACUUUGGUUCACCCUUGUGUGACAGUUCCACAGCUCAUAUACGGGCGGCGCUGCUUCAUGUCGCACCAGAAAAAGUAUAUUCUGUAGGUCCGACCUCUUGAGGCCGUCGCGGUCCCAACCCCGUCUCCCAUCUCUGCCCGAUGCAGAACGUAGCUCUGUGUGAACGUGAAAAUUCAGAUAAGGAUUAUUUCUCGGUGAGCAUAGAGUAUGUUUGCAUAUCUACACCAUACAAGAUGAUGUAAUAGCACGUCCUUAGACACGCCGGUUGCCUUUCGUGCGUGUGCGUCCAUGUAUGCGUGAACGUGUCCCCGUCUAGGUUUAGACACUCAGAGGCGGUACUUUUUGGAAUUGUAUCGGUUUUUCAACUUUCGGCCGCAGCGCUGAAGCGCGCGCCUCUUUUGCGGGCACACCCUUUUUCUGUUUCCGUUCUGCCGCGCUGCGGAGAGCCCCCUCACCUGGGUCAUUUCAGGCGGGCGUAGGUUCUCACACAGCUUCCCUUCACCGUUCGACUUUAUCUCGACCAUCUGGGACACGAAUCUCAAACGUGGCGAGCUUCUGCGGCACCUUACGGCUCGUAUCUUUGCUGCCUCGUCAUCUCUUGCUGUCUACGUCUGCGUGAUGCCUUUCUCUCGAAGUCUCCGUGAUCCACCCAGUUAAUCUCCUCAGCCUUCCCUCCCUCAACAGUUUCUUCUGUUCGUUUGUAGCUGUUUAUCGAGUGUACAGGCAGUCGAGUCUCUGAACCUUCCCCGCAUCUUUAUUGUUCUUCUCGAAUCUGUGUCCACGGAACGCUCGCGUUGCUCGAGCCAGGGGCAUUCGACCUCAUCGGUUUUUCUCUUUUUCCCAGGGAAGCAAGUCUUCCGACUCUCUGACUUCUUCCAGAGCUUACAGUCACUCGCUCUCAUUGUUUCGUCUCGUCUCUCUGUCGGCCUCUGUUGUUCGGUCCUCCAGAAGGGCAGUGCAAGGACGUCAAGCGAGUUUGUGUUAUCCGGGACCGAAGGGGAAGAACGAAUUUACAAGAAAGGAAAGGGAAUGUACAGAAGAAAGGGAGUGCGAGAGAGAGGGAGUCGAUCCGACUGUGCUUUCGCAUGAGAUACCUUCGCAAGGCAACAUGGGGAAUGCCUUGAGCAACGGCAUUCAAAGCGGCCUGAGUAUGUGCUGCAGUAAAAAUGUCUAUCAGAUCCGCGUGGCUGGUCCCGCCCAGGCAGGAAAGACAUCCAUCAUCAAAUGGAUGAAGUACAGGCAAUUUUUUAAGCUGGCUCCGACUGAAGGCUUGGAAGUGGACCGCGUCGACUACCCCGACACCGCUCUUGUGAUGUGGGAUACAAGGCAACACUUCGAGGACAUGGUCCGUCCGCACCACCUGGACAUCAGAGGAAUUAUCUAUGUCGUGGAUAGCUCCGACCCCGGUCGGCUUCGAAUCGCCACCCGAGCGCUAGACAGACUUUUGCGCGAUCUCCCCGACGCCAGCGUGCUGUUGGUCUUUGCGGCGAAGCAAGAUCGCCCUGGGGCGAUGUCCGUGGCAGACAUCCAGCAUCAACUGCAACUCCAGCAGUUGGUUGACAAAGAAUGCGGCGUCUUCGCAUGCAGCGCAAAGACCGGAGAAGGGAUUGACGAAGGGAUUGCGUGGCUGGUGCGACAGCUACGGCAACAAGACGGCACCGGUUGCUGCUCGGCAGACCAGGCAAUCCCGUGUUUUCUGCAACAGGUUCCGUCGUGAAGAACAAAAUACGUCUUGGAAGAAACAACGAGGGCAUCUAUGCACUUCGUCGUUUGUGGCGACCGACGAACACACUCUCUUGUCAGAGGAUUUGUUUCCGAUGCUCACUCGGCAAGCGAGGAUCUUUCGGUGGCCGUUGAGACUAGCGGCUAUAUCGACUCGCGCACCGAUUUUUCAGUGGAAAUGCAGGCGGCACCUUUGUAAUCAUUUGCGUUUAUACCAGUACAUUUUGAAUGCUAUGUUUAAGCGCAUCGUAUCGAUUAAAGCGAAGAGAUGCUUUUCUCAAUGCAGUGCCAGUGUGUGUCACUGCGAUUUGUUAGCGCACCGCCCGUUGCCGUUGGCGGGUGUCUCUCACAUUUGAGCCGCAGUUCAGGCGAAACGAAGCAACACCGUGGCGUCAUUCGGCAGUCCACGCGCGAUACGUAGAACAGAUUUGUCUGUGCACUGCAGCAUUCUCUGUCACUAGCUGUUGUUCCCUUCUUCCAUCUGAUCCCGCUCUUGUGUCGCCUCUCAUCAUAGUAGCAAUGCCAUUGCAGUUUGUUUUCGGAACCCCGGGAAAGUGAACGAUGUUGUGCUCUGCUGGAAAUGGUGCAUUGCUGGGUGGUUAUGAAUAAGGCGUCACCUCGUGCAUGUGUGCUAAACGGACAGACGGCGCAUGGGUGGCCACAGGGUGAACAGGCGAGACACUGUUGCAUUUUUCCUGAGAGAGGACCAGAGAAACGGCCUUUUGAUGUGUCAGAAUUAUCUGCAUGACUACGUGAUUAUAGAUACGUACACCUGCCUUUACAUAUUUGCACAUCUACGUUGUCAUAUGAAGGCGAGCGCGUGCAUGUGGUUGAAGGUAGAUGCACAUGGUUGCAUUGCUGCAUGCACUUCCACGGCCAGCUAGAUAGAGCGUUAGACAGACUACCUCUGUAUCCUGUAUGUAAAUACAUUUUUGUACUGGAUAUCUACACAGAUAGCAAUGUCUUCAACUAAAAUGCUGCUGGCCGUACUGAUCUUAUUGACGGGUGAUAGGAAAGGAAAUCGCGGGUGAAGGAGACUUGGUGAAAGACUUUCGAUCUGGAUUUGCUGGCAUUCGUGGAGGUGGCCUUUCAGAAGACCUUCCUCGUAGGAGGCCUCGGAGAGGAACGAUUUAGCAAGCGGGCAGAUGGAUUUUCCGCCUUUUCCCAUGUUUCGUGUAAAGUCAGUAAAAGGGCAAUGUGUAGCACUUGCUGGGUUUUUCUCGUGGCCGUCUUUGGGAUUUCAUUCGGCCGUGAGAAUGGAAGGCUUUGGCGUUUUUUUUCAACGAAUGUUGUGUGCAUUUUGCGAGUACCGCCGCCUGUGGGGGGGUUUCGGGUUCAGAAGGAGGCUUUUCUGCGCAUGAUUUUGAAAAGGUCCCCAAGACCUCUGGUUUGUUGAUUGUUCUAUGAAUAAUUUGCCUUCUGCGGAAGAAGGGUACCUUUUCUUGUACUUACGAGACUGUCAACCGAGAACAGUUCUUUCCCUUUUCUGGAAACCCAUAUC